GUGCAUUCCUUCAUUCUUUUUAUCAAUCAUUCAUCAUCAUAUUCUAUAACUAAAUUCUUUCACCCCGAUAAAGACUGUUAAUCCAUUAAAUUUGUAUUUUUAAGUGUUGAACUACUGUUUCAAUGCUCAUUUUUUGUUAAAAAGAAAAAGAAAAAAGAAAAACAAACGAAAACAAUUCCCGGUUACAUGGCGGGAAGUGGAGGGACAGGUCGGUCGUUAGAGCAAACGCCGACAUGGGCAGUUGCAGUGGUGUGUUUUGCGUUGGUUUUGAUAUCUAUCAUAAUUGAACAUAUCAUCCACCUCAUUGGAAAGUGGUUUCAAAGAAAACAUAGAAAAGCUCUAUAUGAAGCACUCGAGAAGAUCAAAUCUGAGCUAAUGUUGCUAGGGUUCUUAUCAUUGCUACUGACAGUGGGACAAGGGCCCAUUUCAAAGAUUUGCAUACCCAAGAGUGUUGCUGCUACAUCGCAUCCAUGUAAUGGUGAAGAAGAAACCAGAUUGAACAACAACGGUGGCGACAAAAAAACAUCUAGUAACGCCGACGACAAUGGAUCAGAAGACGUGGUGGGUACAUUGGGACGAAAACUUCUCUCUAAUAUUUCAAGAUUAUCAUCAAAUUCAACUCCCAGUCAUCGGCGUGUCUUAGCCGGAGGAAGCACCGAUGUAUGCGCAGCAAAGGGUAAGGUACCAUUUGUAUCAUCGGAUGGUAUUCAUCAGCUACACAUCAUUUUCGUUUUAGCCGUUUCUCACGUUCUUUACUGUAUUCUCACCAUGGCUUUGGGAUGGCUCAAGAAAAUAUUAACUUAUUAUCUUUUCCGGAUGAGACGGUGGAAAUCAAGGGAAAAGGAGACAAGAACAAUUGAAUACGAAUUCACCCACGAUCCUGAGAGGUUUAGGUUUGCGAGAGAUACAUCAUUCGGCAGAAGGCACUUGAAUUUCUGGAGUAAAUCACCUGUUCUCAUCUGGGUGGUUUGCUUUUUCAGACAAUUUGUUAGGUCAGUACCUAAAGUGGAUUACUUGACCCUUCGACACGGUUUCAUUAUGGCUCAUUUGUCACCCCAAAGUUCAACCAAGUUUAAUUUUCAGAAGUACAUAAACAGAUCACUUGAAGAAGAUUUCAAAGUUGUCGUCGGAAUCAGCCCACCAAUUUGGUUCUUUGCUGUUUUGUUUCUGCUAUUCAACACCCACGGAUGGUUUUCUUAUCUAUGGCUACCCUUUAUCCCAUUCAUUAUUAUUUUGCUAGUAGGAACAAAGUUACAAGUGAUUAUAACAAGAAUGGGGUUAAUGAUACAAGAGAAAAGUGACAUUGUGAGAGGAGUACCUGUUGUUCAACCAGCUGAUGACCUCUUCUGGUUUAGUCGCCCACGUCUCAUUCUCUACUUAAUCCAUUUCGUUCUCUUUCAGAAUGCUUUUCAGCUGGCGUUUUUCGUAUGGACUUGGUGGGAAUUUGGGUUGAAAUCUUGUUUACAUGAACACAUAGAGGAUGUUGUCAUCAGAAUCUCAAUGGGGGCGUUGAUACAAAUCUUGUGUAGUUACGUUACUCUACCACUCUAUGCAUUGGUUACUCAGAUGGGUUCAAGCAUGAAAUCUACUAUUUUCAAUGACAGGAUAGCAACAGCUCUAAGAAAAUGUAUUAGGAGAGUUAUAUAUGGGCUCGAGACUGUUGGUUUGUGACCCAGGAUUGAGACCCAUCUUCUCAGUCUACUGUCUAAACUGUUAUGGACAGUCCAAUGUCUCAACUGUUAUGGACAGUCCAAUAUAAGGUCGAACUCUAGGGUUGUGUCUUGUAUAAGAAGCAGGUUGAAUGAAUGAAAGAGAUACGAA